AUGUGCCCAACGUCAGGUGAGUCUAAUGAGGAUCGGCGUAAGGGCCCCUCGGAACCCAGAUGGACUUCUGACGGCAGGGAGAGUUUGGAGCAUUCGAACCCGAAUCAACCUGUGACACAAACGGGUCCGGGGCCUUGGAUGGUGGCACAAAAACGGACAAGGUCGUAUACUCGGGCAUCAAAACCGCCUAUGGAGUCUUCUAUUAAACUUAAAGGAGGGAGUUCGGGAUCAGGAUCGCGUUUUCUCUCUCUAGCAGUGGAAGAGGAAGGAGACAAAGUCGAGCAGUCCGGGGGAAGCAUGAAGGGAGAUUGGGCGUUUAUUGCACAAGCAGUCCAAAAGGAAACUGAGCGUGGACCAAAAGAUUGGAGGCUCAAGGGGAAAGAUAAAGGUAAAGCAACAUCAACUCAGGUCGUGGGAUCUGGUGUCGGUGCUUUGAACGGAUCAAAAGGGGAGAAUAUGACCAACGGUAACUUCCAAGGGGAGAGUAGAAUUAUGGAGCGAGAGCGUGUGAAGAGGGGAGAAAAGUACCAAGAACAGAAAAGUCAAAGCUUCGGUGAGGAUGAUUUAGUCAUGAUCAACGCUCAUACCAACCUAGACUCCUCACGACACCAAGUCGUACAAUUUGUCAGUGCCUCUUCGCUGGAGCAUGCAAUGGUGGUCGACUCGCAGCUGUCAGCUCGAACUACCAUAUCCAUACAGGAAGAACCCCCGGAUGAUGUGUCCACACAUGAAAAUGAAAAUGGGCACGUUACGAGGCAGAGACGGCGAAGAAAAAAAAUGGGGAUUGAAUCAUCGGGAGAAUGGUUGGAGAAAGCUUUAAUGGAGCUCUGCAAGAAGAUCGAGACGGGCCUCGAUUUGGAUGGGGAAAUCAUAACGGGCCUCGUCUCCUACUGCGAGAUGGCUUCCCCACUCGACGCGAAAGAGUAUCUCGAUAACAUCAUUGGAGAAGUUGCUGGCAAAACUGUAACCGAAGAGUAUUUGAAAAGGAGAGGUCACUCGACAGUCUCCAACACCCACGAACAAUAUGCUCCAACAACAUCUAAUCUCCAAGCAUAUGUCAAACCACGUGCAGACGAGGGUACAAUCCCGGCUAAAAAAACACACAAACCGCCAAAAGAAGCCAAAGCCAUGACAUCCGAACCUCAAAACAUUCAUCCUCCUCCCACAAACCGUAAAAAAAAAUCAGGGAAAGUCGUGUCUCUAGCCGAGGCCGCAAAAGGGUCGAUUGUAUUUCAGAAAGGCAAGCCGUGUUCAUGUCAGGCUCGUCGGCACAUGUUGAUCAGCAACUGCUUGUCGUGUGGGAAGAUAGUGUGUGAGCAAGAGGGCGAGGGGCCGUGCAGUUUCUGUGGGGCCCUCGUGCUGAAGGAAGGAAGCACAUAUGCUGGUCUGGACGAGGGUGUGAUGCUAGUGACGGAUGCUGAGGCUGCUGCCGAAGCUUAUGCGAAGAGGCUCGUCGAUUAUGACCGUAACUCUGCUGCUCGGACGACGGUUAUUGACGACCAGAGUGACUAUUAUGAACUUGAGUCGAACACCUGGCUCUCGAAUGAGGAAAAAGAGCUUCUGAGGAAGAAAAGGGAGGAGUUGGAAGAAGCUGAACGGGCCAAGAGAAGUAAAGUAGUAAUGACAAUUGAUCUGCUUGGCCGCAAGGUGCUGUUGAAUGAAGACGAAGCUUCUGAAGAAAUGCAAAACAGUAUACUGCUUAGACCGCCCGAGGAAAGAGAAGAAGUUCGCAUCAAGCCAAACCCGAAUCUUAAAAUUCAACCAGUAUUCAUCGACCCGGGUCCUAGAAUAGCCGCCAAGGAGAAAAGUUUAACCACCCUAAGCUCUGGCUUGUGCUUGGAGAUAAGUGGGAGGGUACAACAUCGCACUAACGAACUGGAUAUCUUGUGA